AGUAUUCUCUUUUCAAUAUUAACAAAACUAUUCUUGCACUACUAAGAAAAAUACCUUCGCACUCCCUUCCCCACCUCUUCACAUACCCUUCCUCAUCUCCCAACCCCACACCCCUUCUCUCUUCACCAUCGCCCUCUCCGCCCCCUCCCUCGCCCUCUUCCGCUGCCUCCGCCAGUCCACGCUGCCGCCUCUCUCCUCUUCAGGCCAGACUUUGCAGUGUGAGCUGCGUGCACCGACUCCGUCACUGCACUGUCAGCGCGCGACACCAGGCAGCCGUUCUCUUCCUUCCUCAAGCUGCUCACUGAGGUGCUUUUCACGGAGCAGGAGCUGAGCUUGCAGGCCGCCUCUGCGCUGUGCAUCACCGUCGCGAUCGCCGCGGCUCUGGAUCCGAACAUGCCUAGGCUCGCAGGCCCAAGCCCAAGCCCGAUUGCCCAGUUUCCUCCGACACCAUACAGUGUCGUUGUGGCCAUGGCGCUUGCGAAGUCAAAACCUCAACAUCUCAACACUCUCGCGGGUGCUCUCAACAUUCUUAUGGGUGCUUUUCUCUUGCUGACCAUCGACAACCCCGGAGGAGCUCUUUCAAAACGACUCUUGGCUUCAGUGGGUUGGUGGGCUGGAAUGUCAAAAGACAUUAAUGACCCACAUGGUCUAAUUAUUCGCAUAACUCCAGAGCACGGAAGAUAUGUGGCAAGGAGUUAUAAUCCUAGGCAACUUAUUUCUUCUGCAGCUGGUAGUCCUCUAUUUGAAAUUUUUCUCACAAAGAAUAAGAAAGAUGAAUUUAAGUCAAAGUUAUCACAUUGCAGGCACUAAAGGAAUAUACUAUGCCCGUGAACCAUAUUCCAAUGUAGAUGUUGUGCAUGUCACUCGUUUCAUAGGGCUUGCAUCUGUUGGAAAUAGAGAUAAGCAGGAAAGACUUGAUAAUGAAGAUCAGCCUUAUGAUGAUGAAGAGACUGAAUGAUAUUACUUACAUGGAUGGAUGACUAGCCUUAUAAUUUGUUUUAUUAUUUUUUGAGGGUGAAAUCAAUUCUUUAUUGAGCACAUGAGAAAUGUCUUGUUGAAGAAGAGGAUGUACAAUAGGAUUAUCAAUCCAAAAUAAUGUAUAGUUCUUCUUAUUAAUAUGAGUUGUUUAAUAUACUAUUUGUAUUAUAAUUAUAG